GUAAAACAUGGCAGCUUACGCAAACGCUUGCUUAAGCUACUAGCUAGCUAGAAUGUUCUAGCGCUUACAUGUGUCUUCGGGUUUAAAGAGGCGUCAACCUUAAGCGUUAUUAAAAAGGAUCAGUGAUCACAUUAUUUUUCAGUAUCACACCACGAUCCUUUGAAGCGACAUGACUGAAGACAGACAAGAUCGAAGAUAUCCCCAGAACCUUCAGGGGGUCCUGCAGAUGGCAAUCGAUGCUGGCACCGGUGCAGAGGGGCCCGCCCCUGUCGAACCCAUUUCAGAGGAGAGGAGCACAUGGCUAAGGGACGCUCUCGCAGAUGUCUGCAAAGGGCAGAUGAAUGAAGUGGAGCAGAUGAAGCAGUGCCUGGCUGUCUUGAACAAGGAGGACGUGAACGGCGAGGCGGAUAGGGAUGAUGACGAUGAAGAUGAGCGAGAAUCAGCCUUUGAGUUGCUGUCAGAUUUGUGUGAGAACCUUGACAAUGCCAGAGACUUGAUGGUUCUGGGAGGCCUGGAUCUGUGUGUCUCCAAAUAUUUGUGUCAUGCCCAAAGUAGUUUGAAGUGGAACGCUGCUCAGUUGAUCGGUACCUGUGCCCAAAACAUGCCUCAAGUGCAGGAUCAUUUACUAAAGCUAAACGUUCUGCCAAAGCUUCUGCAGCUGACAGACUCGGACCCCCACCCCACAGUCAGAGUCAAAGCCCUGUAUGCCGUCUCAUGUCUGGUUCGAGAGCAAGAUGGGGGACUGGAGGCCUUUCUGUCACAUGAUGGCUUCUCCGUGCUGAUGAGAGGCAUGCAGUCAGAACAUGAGAAGCUUCAGACUAAGUCGGCGUUCCUUCUGCUCAACCUGCUGACGUCACACCCUGAACAGAAAGAUGCAGUGGUUUCCAUGGGGAUGGUGGAGCAGCUGGUCUCGGUCCUGCGAGCUCCACACUCGCCUUUUCAUGAACAUGUGCUCGGCGCUCUUUGUUGCCUGGUGGAGGACUGUGUGGAGGGGCUCAAAGAUUGUAAGGACCCGUCUCUCGGCCUUGAAGAGUUGCUACGACUGCGAACCAAAGAGCUCCGAGGGAAAGAGGAAAGUCUGGAAGAACUGGAAUUCUGUGAGCGCCUAAAGACGGCUUGUUUUUGUGGACACCAGUCAGACGACCACGGAAUGGACCGCUGACCUCAGAUGAAUUCUGUUUGUUUCUUGCAUGUCAUUUAACAUGUUAUAAAUAAUAGCAGUUUUGGGGUCAUGCAUUUCAAAUAGAAUGUAAAAAAAAAAACUUUCAAAUUGUCAUCAAUGUCAGUACAUGUGUAAGAACUUUUAAAUUCAUUGAGGAAGACUCAGACACUGUAUAUUAAAAUGUCAAAAUGGGUAUUUUUAUACAUGUUCAUCUUGACAACUUUCACUUAAAUAUGGAUAUUACAUUGUCAUAUUAAAUAUGGCAGUAAAAUUAUUUCAAAGCCAUUUGCUCAUUUAUAAUAAUGCUAAUAAACUAGCUAGGACCUCU